AUGACGUGUACAACGCCGGAAGAUCUCCUGAAUAAUAAUCAUCACGAUAUCAACAACAACAACAUCAAGAGCAAGCACAAUGCCGCACUCAGCAGACUGAGCGGCUGCGGUGAACUCAAUCCCUCUCUCGAAGCGGAAAAACGAUGUCCAGAGAACCUCCAGAAAGUCAUCGCUCUCCAACAGAACGUCGGCAAUCUCGCCCAGUUGGACUUGGCGAAACUGGCGACAUUGCUUCCUGCGGGAAUGAGCUUGGAACAAGUGCAGCAGAUCAAGAUGAAGCUCGUGCACCUGAACCAUCUGCAGCAGCAGCAGCAGCAACAACAGCACCAACAACAACAACAUAAGAAACUCGAAAGAAGUAUUUCCGAGCCGAACAGCGGUGGUUUCGGCAACAACGGAUUCAGCGUCGCCGGAGGGAGCGGCGGCGGCAGCAGCAGCAGCAGCACGAGCAGCAGCAGUACCGACUCGGUGAAGGAUGCCUCGUUGGACACCGUGCUCGCGCUCAACUCGUCUCGUUACAAGACCGAGCUGUGUCGUCCUUUCGAAGAGAACGGGAUUUGCAAGUACGGGGACAAAUGCCAGUUCGCGCACGGCAUAGAGGAACUUCGCAGUCUCGCUCGUCAUCCCAAGUAUAAGACCGAGCUCUGUAGAACUUUCCACACAACGGGACUCUGUCCGUACGGACCCCGGUGCCAUUUCAUCCACAACUCCGAGGAAGAGAAACGAUCCAAGGCUCAAGCCUCGACGGCCGCGUCCCAGGAAGCCCUCAAUCUGAAAAUGCUCCACGAAAGGACUUUCGAUCCCAAGAUGACCACGUUGCAACAACACCAGUCCAAUCAAGAUCUGGUGUCGCCGAUGCCUCAAAUGUUCAAAAACCGAAUGCACGGUCUCCGGCCCAAAGCUCUCUCGAUCGGAUGCACUAGGAGCUUGGGCUCGGCUGGAGAACUGUCGCCCCCGAUGAGCCCCGCCAUGUACGAGGAUCCCUUCACUCCGUCGUACUUCAACGUGGCGUCACGUGUGCCGUUUCCUAACUCACCCGCGGGCGUGUCCUCGUCGGCGUCUUCUUCCGAUAUUCCCUUCCUGUACCCCUCUCCGCCGAACAUGGCCAUGUCACCUAUGGCAUCGAUGCAUGCCGCCUCGUUCAAGUAUCCUCCGAUGAUGUACAACAACAAGCCGGUCUACCGGCUGCCGUCGAUGACCUACUCGGCGAGCGUCGGGGACCAGCUCAUGUCGGCGCCGGCCGUCAUUUCAAAGUCCGACACGAUUUUUAAUUUCCCUCCCACGACGUUCCGCACUAAUUCCCCGCCGCUCGAAUCGCUGAGCAGUCAGUUGCACUCUCUGUCUCUGUCGUCGAACGACAUCGCCAAGAAAACUUUGGCCGACGCUCGCUCCGCCGCGGGCUUGCCUCGUCUUCCCGUUUUCGAUCAGUUCUCUCGAAGACCCAUGCCGAUCUCUUAG